AACGAAGAAGAAAAUAAAAGGAAGGCAUCCCGGGCGUCCCUGAUGAUGCUAAAGUAGCAAUCUCUUAAGUGUAAUUAUAACAGCAUAGCAAGUGUUAUUUUAAUAGUUUCCCAUACCCUAUAAAUGCGUUUAGCGGUUGUGUGCAGUUAUCACAAUUAUUAAAUUUUACGCACGAGUGCUAACUACAGUAUCGUUUAGCUACAUGGCUAUCUAAUUAACAUCAUCCAUGGUAGCUAGCUAGCAUAUCUGACCGAGCAAUCAAAAUCAAGCUAAAAGCACUAAAAUACACUGGCAACGUUAGCGUCACCGUGAAUUCCUUGUGUUCCUCGUAUUCUCUUUUUCAGCCAAUGGGCUGACACCCGGUUGCUGAGAUGUUGCUAAAAGACAUUCCUCAAGAGGUGCUGAUGCGCCCUCUGUCUCGGAACGAAGUGGUGGGUAUGAUAGUGAGACUGACCAUCUUUGGAGCUGCUACCUACUACGGUAUCAAAUGGGUAGUGGAAGCAAUGGACCCAACACAUAAACAGAAAAUCCAGGCAAAGAAAAGGGCAGAGCAGUUGAUGAAGCAGAUUGGAGUGGAAGGCGUCAAACUCAAUGAAUAUGAGAUGAAUAUUGCUUCUCACCUGGUAGAUCCACGCAGCAUGAGGGUUUCCUGGAGGGACAUAGCAGGGCUUGAUGAGGUCAUCUAUGAGCUGCAGGACACGGUUAUCCUUCCCUUCCAAAAGAGACACCUACUGGCGGGAUCUAAACUCUUUCAGCCUCCCAAAGGUGUGUUGUUGUAUGGGCCACCUGGAUGUGGAAAGACUCUUAUUGCCAAGGCAACUGCCAAAGCCUCAGGGUGCCAGUUUAUUAACCUACAGCCCUCCACUCUGACGGACAAAUGGUAUGGCGAAUCACAGAAACUCACCGCUGCUGUUUUCUCAUUGGCUGUCAAGAUCCAACCCUGCAUAAUCUUCAUAGAUGAAAUUGACUCCUUUCUGAGGAAUCGCUCUAGUUUAGACCAUGAGGCCACAGCCAUGAUGAAGGCCCAAUUUAUGAGCCUGUGGGACGGGCUGGAGACUGGGGCUAGCAGCCAGGUAAUGGUGAUGGGGGCCACCAACAGACCACAGGAUCUGGACUCGGCCAUACUGCGCAGGAUGCCCACCACUUUUCACGUCGGUUUACCGACCACAAGACAGAGAGCGGAGAUCCUGAAGUUGAUCCUGGCAGAAGAAAAUCUAAGCAAUGCCAUUAAUCUGAAGGAGAUAGCCGAAAAGUCAGAGGGUUCGUCAGGCAGUGACCUCAGGGAGCUGUGUCGGGAUGCGGCCAUGUACCGUGUUAGAGACUAUGUCCGCAAACAACAAAUGAAACAGAUAGCCCAGCAAAUGCAGGACGAGGAUGAAGAAGACCAAACAGGGGUGGAGGAGCGUCUGCGCCCCAUCACCCAGCUGGACCUGCUGUUUGGACUGGACAAAAUGAAGGAGUCAAAAAAGGCGACCAUGCCCCAGGAACUCAUAUCCAGAGAGAUGCCUUUGGACUAAACUGUUAUUUAAGACACUGUAGUAUACCUUCUCUUAUCCCACCACAGUACAUUUCAGUAUCCACUUCAUUCCAAUCUGAUGACUCUGCACUGUUACAGGCUGAAUUUAAAAAGAAAUUCCUCAGUGCAUCAUCCCCACUGUCCCAGAAGGUUUCCAUUGCCCUUAGAAGCACAGGCUUUCUACUUUACGCUGGGCAGCAGGUCUGUCCAUAAUGCUCCUGAAGAGAGUGCGAGGGACCAGACAUAUGUCUGAAUACUCUGAUGUAGUCGACACUGUAGUUGGAAUUAUUACGUACCAGCACUAACGUGUCACAAGUGUCUAGCUGUCUGCAUGUAUUUAGCAAUAGAAUGAAAACCGUAGUUACACAAUAGUUCACAUCUUUUAAUGUUGUAAAGAAUACCCAGAUUUAUAUUAACAAGGCAAUUAAGAGAAGUCCCUGGGUGUUGGAGUAUUUGGUGCUGUAUCUAUUCUGAACCUGUUGAACAUCUGUGAAAAUGAAUUAUGUCCUGCUCCCAAUGAUUGAAACUAUUCUUAACCACAAUAUUAAUCUUUACUGAAGGUUGUCUUCUGCAUUUAUUUUGCUGUAAUAUGCUUUGCAAUGGACAGACUAAUGUAGAAUGUAUUUUGAUGUGCAAUAUUGUGUGACUAAGCAUUUGUGCUUGUGCUAGGUCUAUUACUCUCACCAGUCUGCCGGAAAGCUGCAUGUCUUUUUUGUUUACAUGUUGUAUGACCAACCUUCAAAACAGGUUGCUCACCAGCACCUAAGUCUCAAAAUGUCAUUUAUUCCCAUCUGUGGAGACCAGUUAAUAUUUUACAGUUAGGCCUUGCCCUUCAGUGUGAUUACAGUUUUUCUUGUUGUUCUCUUUUGCCUUUAAAACAAGCUCUUCAUUUAGCUGCUGGAAACCAUGUAUGGUCGCUUUGCAAUCAAUCGUUUGUUAAGGAGGAAGCGAAAAACAAGUCACUACAUUUCUCCUUUCCCACGCAGUCCGGUAGGAUGUGACUACUCGGACAGGUCCAUUAUUUCCAUUUGGACAGAGCAGAUUGUUGUUUGUCUGAAGGUUACAGCAUAUAAAUGUGGAGUAUUUACUCUAUUACUAUAGUCUUAUCUAGAGAAACUGCAUACAUUUUCAUCCCUUCUGUGUGAAUCAAACCCACAACCCUGGUGUUGUAUGCCCCAUGUCUAGUAAGCUACACUAGACAUUUGCUUGAUCUGAUAUAAAGGACACUUAAUGCUGUUUGAUUGAGUAUUUUCAAAUAAUCUCCCUAGAGAAUUAUUUUGCGCAUUUUAAAUGUUACUUGUGAGUCUUGUACUCUAACAAACUUGUAGUCUACCAAAUUAUUUUCAUACUUGGAAACCACCCCCCAAAAGAUUCCAAUGCCCACAAAUCCUCUCCUCAAAUGUUUUACAAAAUGCAUGUUUUUCUAUACACUUCUAUUGCUGAGGGAGAGGCCUUGUGAUGUUACCACUCUCAAAUCAUAGAAAGCUGUAAAAUGCAGACAAGAGAUGAACUCAUGGCAAAAAAGCUUUAUUUGAAUCUCCCAAGAUUGUUGCUCACUACCUAAAAACAUUUUCACAGGACUUCAUUAAAGAUGCAGUCUGAGAUGUCUGUUGGCUACUGAUUGUUAAAUUGGUGCUUUGGGGACUGAAUGGGUCCCUAAAAAGUGUGUAUUAUGUCAUGUAUGUGCUGAUUUUUGCCCCAUGUCAUCAAAAUCACUGGCUUUCAAACUUGGUAUUUCAUGGCUAACUGAGGUAUGAUAGUGAUUCUACUUAUAAAUCAUGCACAUGUGAACAACAUUACAUAUCCUGCAUAAAAUGGGAGAUUCAA